GGUAGAAGCCAAGCUCGGGGUCGGAUUUCGAUGGACUCUGCCACUUGUUACUGCUGUUGCUCGCGCUUGGGAAUCGAUCAUGUCAGAUUUCGGAGCAGCAGGGGAGCUGUUAUUCUAGUUAAAUUGUGAAGGAAAACAUCCUUUUAUUUCACGGACCCGGCACUGGUAGGCUCCGCUCCGUGUUUAAACUUCGCGAGUCAUGGAGCAGCAGGUUGCGCCUGCGGAAUUGUUGAAGUUUUUGCAGGCGGAAGCUGAGACGUUGCAACAAUUGCAGGCCAAGAUUUCAAAUGAGCUUCAUCAUCUUCAGGUUGAGGAGGAAGUAUUUAUCCGCACUCUUGACCGGCUCAACCAGAAUGCAGCAAAUAAUCAUAGCAGCUCCACGCAGGGAAGCAGUGGUGAAGGUACCACGACACGCCAGGCAGGAGUAGAGCUGCUAGAUGCUUUACAGCAAGAAUUAGCUUUAGCGAUUCCUCCAGUAUCCACAUUGCCUGCAGAUUCUGGUCCACAAACAGUACCAGUGCAUCCGGUGACUUCGUUGCCUAAAGAAUCCAACUCGCCAACAUCACUGCAAGCGAUUACUGCGACGGAAACGGUUGAUGAUAAGAACAUGCCAGUAAAAACACAAAUACUGAUUGUGAUAACCAGACAGCCGCUUCUUCUGAUUUUGGCUUUGACGAUGAUGAAUACGAGGAAUAUCAACUGCUGAACACGUUGGAAUCUGGAGACGAGUAGGUGCAGCAUAGCAUCGGAUAACAUUGUCAGCUCCUGGUUUUUUUGCCUUCUAGAAGGGAUGUGAUAAGAAUGUCUAUAGACUCUUCUCUUGUGAUGUGACAGAAUUUUUCCCCAACUAGAGAAACCUAUUUACUUUUCCUUGAGAAUGUAUGCCAGAAAGGAACCCUGCUCUUUAUGGAUUGCACAUGGUUAAUCGUUCCAAUCGAGCAGAGCCUUUACUACUUCCUGUAGACAAGCCUGGUUUUACCCGGCAAGGGUUUUUCGGUUGUUGCAUUACAUAAUUACCAUCAUGAAUAUAUUGCAGGUAUUACCAAAUAGGUGGUAGGAAGUGUUGAGAAACAGCGAUGUUGUGAAAAGCUGCGACUUGUAUAAACUUAGUUUUGCGUUCUUGUGACGUUGAUUUGUACUGUUUGUAGUGUUUGUAACAGUUGCAAAAUAAUGGUUACAUGUUAUGGAGUUUGACCUUUCUUUC